CUCAAUCUAGCUUACAAAGUCACUGAUAGAGCUGGAUGCACACAUUUGAUUGUAGACUGGUCUCUGUGGGAGUCUCCUUGCUGGUCAGCAAUGUAUAGGCCACCCGUGGCGAGGGCCAGGAAAGGACGGCGCGUGGAGCCCUGGGUUGUUGGCCUCAUCACCUUUUUAUCCCUGAUUAUCCUAGCAGUGUGCAUUGGACUCACUGUUCAUUAUGUGAGAUACAAUCAAAGGAAGACCUACAAUUACUAUAGCAUAUUGCCAUUCACCAGUGACAAACUGUAUAAUGAGUUUGGAAGAGAAGCUUCUAAAAAUUUCACAGAAAUGAGUCAAAGAAUUGAAUCAAUGGUCAAAAAUGCAUUUUAUCAAUCUCCAUUAAGGGGAGAACUUAUCAAGUCUCACAUUAUCAAGUUCAGUCAAGAGUCAGAUGGAGUUUUGGCCCAUAUGCUGCUGAUUUUUAGAUUUCCCUCUACUGAGGAUCCUGAAACCAUAAAUAAUAUUAUUGAAAAUGUUCUACACGAAAAGCUGCAAAAUGUUGCAGGACCCCCUAAUGUCGACCCUGAAUCAGUUGAAAUUAAAAAAAUCAACAAGACAGAAACAGACCACUAUCUGAACAAUUGCUGUGGGACACGAAGGAAUAAAUCUUCAACAGAAAGUCUCAGGAUUGUUGGUGGGACAGAGGUAGAGGAGGGAGAAUGGCCGUGGCAAGCCAGCCUACAGUGGGAUGGGACCCAUCGCUGUGGAGCAACUUUAAUCAAUAGUACAUGGCUUGUGAGUGCUGCUCACUGCUUUCGAAUGUAUAAAGACCCAUCCAGAUGGACUGCUUCAUUUGGAGUAACAAUACAACCUCCAAAAAUGAAAAAAGGCCUCCGGAGAAUAAUUGUCCAUGAAAAAUACAAAUACCCGUCACAUGAAUAUGAUAUUUCACUGGCAGAGCUUUCUAGUCCUGUUCCCUACACAAAUGCAGUACAUAGAAUUUGUCUCCCUGAUGCAACCCAUGAGUUCCACCCAGGGGAUGAGAUGUUUGUGACAGGAUUUGGAGUACUGCAAACUGAUGGAUACACUCAAAAUCAUCUUCGGCAAGUACAGGUCAAUCUCAUAGACUCAAAAAUCUGCAAUAAACCUCAGGUUUACAAUGGUGUCAUAACUUCUACAAUGUUAUGUGCUGGCUCCUUAAAAGGAAAAAGAGAUGCAUGUCAGGGUGACUCUGGAGGACCAUUGGUAAGUUCAGAUGCUAGAGAUAUCUGGUACCUGGCUGGAAUAGUAAGCUGGGGAGACGAAUGUGGACAACCCAAUAAACCUGGUGUUUAUACUAGAGUUACUGCCUUCCGGGACUGGAUUGCUUCCAAAACUGGUAUCUAACAGAGAAAAGUCCAGUGGAAUGAAAUAUAGUUUUGGUGUAUAGACCAUUCUUACAGAAAUAGAAUUAUGGAAGCCUUACAAAUUCCCAGGAUCUGAUCUGUCUCACUGAACUGUUUGAUGCAUAUAUUUCCUUCCUACCUCUGCUCUACACCUGAGCAUCUUGAAUUCUACCAGAUGGACUCUGCUCAACCUGCAUUCAUUUGUUUUCUAGGUUUCUGUCAUAAAAAAUUUGAUUUAUUACUAUAAAUCCCUUGUGCAUAUACACAAUUUGAAAUAAUCCUGUUCAUUUCCUCAACUUCUCUCAUUGCAAGAAAUUCCCACUUUCAUUGUAUAUGACAAGGAAUGGAAGAAAAUAUAAAAAAGAAAAAAAUUAUGUAUGCAAAAAAAGUUUUUUUUUUUUUGUGGAAUGUGGUAAAUGUUCAUAUUCAUUAAGGAAGAUCAAUCUAACAGAAACAGCAGACUAUCCAACAUUUAAAGAUGGAGAAAGAAAGGAAACUAAGUUAGAAAUACAGAGAGAAACCAAAAGAGCUUUAUUUUUAUUUUUAAACAACCUCAAAGAUAAAAAUGAAAAUGAUCUUUUUUUUGUGACUACAGUAAUUACACAAACUUUCUCUAAUGUUCUGGACAAGUUAAAGUGAAUCAUAGUUAUUUAAUAUUGCACUGUUGAAGGUUUCAAGACGAUAAUAGUGAAAUAAGUGAAUCACCUAUUUGCUUGACAGUAUAAUAUAAUAAUCCAUGAAGAAAUGGAAGAUGGGGAACAUAUUAUUAGUAAACUCACUGAAAAUUCUUUAAAAAUUUGAGACUAGAAUGAAAAUUUAUUUGAGAACAACUGGCAUACCUUAUGUACUAAAAUAAUUAUGUGGUUGAACAGGAGGUAAUGGAGAAAGAAUCUGUCUAAACUAUUGACUGAAAUGGCCUUGACUGAAUGGGAUCAAUAAGUGCCUGCUUGUGCAUCUAAAGCUUUCUCAAACUGCAAAACCUUGAAGGGAAUAAGGCUUGGGCAUUACUGUGUAGCUGUAGUCAUGCACCUGAAGCUGGGGCUCAGGCCUCCACUUUGAGAUGAUUGCAAAUAUGCUUUCUCUGCUGUUGUUUCCAGUCUUGGUUUGACUAGUGGCCCUGCUAAACUCAUCUGCACUGAGAUGGGAGGAUAUGAUAGGGAAUACGUUCUGAAGUUGCCUUCCUCCUACAUCUAAUGCAGCACUGAAUUCUAGUUGCCUAGAUAUAAGACUGAAGAGUAAAAGCCUAAUGUUGGCCACCUUCACAGUAAUAAUUUUGGUAAUUGUUUACUGAGUCUUUAAAGACACAACAUUCAAAUGAUCUAGACCAUAUUGAAAUUAGGACAUGUGAUUUGUUAAUGAUGAGAUUGUGCUGAGUCUUUGGUUACCCUUUCCUCUAUGUAUACAGAACAUGCAUGUUCUGUAUUAUACAAUAGCCACUUUGAAAAAGAAUAGCAGCAGAAAAAAUUUGAUUUUUAUCAACCCAAAUAACAUUGUCAUAUAAAAUGAUAAAAUUUGGGAACUUGUCUAAAAUGAGAUAUGAAAUAAGGUAUGAAAGCUGACAUAAGUGUUAAAUAUUUUGCAUAAACUAUCUUGUUCAUAUAAUAUUUGGGGGGAAAUUUGAGGGAAAUGAUGACUAUCAUACAAAGAUAUAAAUAUAUUUCAAACUAAAUUACCUACAGUGGUCCCUUAAAAAUUGAUUCUCCAAGUAUAUUCUGAAGUUGGGCCACUAAGUGGCACACUCAAGCUAUGAGAAUAUUAGUGUAAAAGGAUAUCUGGAUUUAAGGAUGUCUGUACUUUCAAGUAAUAAUGAAAACCGUAGUCAAUAUUCCAUAUAAGGGCCUUGCAAAAACAAAUAAUAGAACUCAUCUUUGCAAGUGAAUUUAUGAAUAUCUCAUUUAAAUUGACAUCAUUAUUAGUAUUUUCUAUAUUUCUAGGGGUUAGAUUCCAAACUAAAGUAAAAUAUAUGAUACAUGAUUUGAAAAACUCCCUCUGCAAACAAACUUGAAGGGGUUUAAAUUAAAGAGAAAGUUUAGAAGUUUAAUUUUAUAAGUGAAUUAAAUUCCUUAGAAAAAUAUUUUUGGUAUUUCCUUUUGCAAGAGAUUUGAGAAAUAGGGUUUUGGAUCUCAGUGAAAAUAUGAGCAAUAGUUCAAACUUCAUGUGCAUAGAGAAAUAGAUAAUGCAGUACCAUAUUUUUAGAAUAGUAGAUUUGCCUUUUUGUGUAACAUUGUGGUGAGGCUCCAGUAGCAGCCACUGCUCUCUGUACUUCACAAUGCUUCCUAAGGACAAGGAAAAAAAAAGAUGAGGGAAAAUUGGCCCCAAAAGACAGACCCAGUGACCAAAUCUGGGGCUAAGCCAAAAAAAAGUGGUUCAAAGGCAAAGUCGGAACAAGCUCAUCAACCAGUCUUUUAGACAAAGCUACUUCUGUCAAACUCUGUAAGGAAGGUCCCAAAUUCCAGCUGUUGUCUCUGAGAGACUGAAGCCCUUCAGGAGCUCCUCAGUAAAGGACUUCUCAAACUGGUCUCAAAGCACAGAGCUCAAGAAAUUUAUACCAGAAAUACCAAGGAUGGAGAUGCCCCAGCUGCUGGUGAAAAUGCAAUGAACAGGUCCAACCAAUUGCACAUUUGUAUAAAUAAAACUUUAUUAAAUCAAUAAAUCAAACAGUAGCUUUUUUUUCCGAAAGUAACUGAUAGUGAGUUUUGGUAUUCUUGACUAUGUAUUAACCAUGGCUUUAGAGGUUAAGAAGUUGUGAUUUUAAUGUUUAUUAAUUGUACAAGAGUUUAGGAGAACAGUAGAAUGAAUUGGGCAUAACUUUCCUAUGUUCAUAUAUGAAUACAUGACCAGUGUAACUCCAUAUAACGUACAACUACAAGAAUGGAAAGUUCUACUCCAUGUGUGUAUAAUAUGUCCAAAUACAUUCUACUGUCAUGUAUAUCUAAAAUGAGCAAAUACAAAAAUUUAUAAAGAGAAUCCAGGAGGUUUCUCUUCAGUAUCUUUUAUCUCUUCCCAUAGUACACACUAAAGUUUUCUCUGUAUGAUAAUCUUUCAAUUAAUGUUGUUGAAUGGAUAUUUUAUUUUUGCAUCAUGCUUUAUUAUAGUCAUGUGCCACAUAAUAACAUUUCAGUCAAUGACAGAUUACAAUCUAAGACGAUGCAUUCAUAAGAUUAUAAUAGAAUUUAAAAAUUCCUAUCAUCUUGUUUUAUUGCACCAUUCACAAUGUUGAAGUGCAAUGCAUUUGUGGUGAUGCUGGUAAAAAAAAAAAAAAAAAAAACCUACUCCACUGCCAGUUAUAUAGAAGUAUAGCACAUGCAACUACAUCAGUAAAUAAUGAUAAUAAGCAACUAAAUUAAUGGUUAAUAUAUUUACUAAACUGUACUUUUAAUUGCUAUUUUAGAGUAUAGUCCUUUUCCCUGUAAAAAAUAUUGUAAAACGUUAUGACAUGUUUUGCCAGUGGUCACCUUAUCCACUUUGGGUCAAAUGACUGAUGUGUACCAUCUAAGUUUGUGUAAGUAUAUGCUUUGAUGUUUGUUCACUUACAAAACAGCCUAAUGAUGCAUUUCCCAGAUUAUAAUAAAAUCUACAGCAUACUUCCAA